AUGUGGAGGCCUUACGGCAUGAUGAGGACUUUCCAGACCAAGAGGGAAGAUUGCACCUUCGACUACUUUGCUGACGCAGAGAGCUUCGUGAAACGCUUUGGGCAUCUACUAGUGGAGUCCAGCUUUUCGAAGACUGCGGAGUAUGCAAAGCUGUCAAGGACACCUGAUAACCUGACCCUGCAGCUGCUGUCUGUCAGCACCGAUGGAUCUCCUCCAGUCAAGCUUGCUGAGCUCAGGCGGAAGAUCGAUGCAGAUGUCCUGGUGGUCGGAGAGGGAGGCAUACUGGGAAUGGGAGAUCUCUUCCGACGGAAGUUUGGCACCGAGCUCCGCCGAGCCCUGUAUCCCUGCCAGUGGAUCGAGUUCGAAGCUUGGUUCUACGCUCGUCGCCCGGAUCAGGCACCUGCAGCUGGCUCCCGGCGCUGUGGGGUACAAGGAUUAGACUGUUGCGCCGUGUAUCACGGCUGGGCAGAGAAGUUGGAGUACUUGACGGACACUGCCUGGGAUCUGCCUUGUGACUGCGGAAUUGGUGCCGCCCUGGGCUGUUUGCCUCGCGACACUGGCGAGUGCGCACACCAGGAUGAUCGCGAAUCGGCAGACGUGGACAUUGUUGCUGGGAUGCUGCGUUCCCAAGAGGAGCUUUGA